AAGAAAAAUCAUGCAAAGUGAGAACAGUUUUCAGACUUUUGGUUUAGGCUUGUAAUUAGGGUUCAUUUUAGGCGUUUAGGUUAAGGCUUAGUUUGGGCUUAAAGUUGAUGUUAUUGUGGUUAUGGUAAAGGUAAGGGUUAUGGAGAAGUGUUAAUUGGUCUUCAAUGAUAGUGAAACCAAUGUGUGUGAGAUUACUGAAUAUACAUGCAGGACAAAAGCUAACAUUUUUGUUGAUUCGGUUGUUGGAUUUGGAAGGUCUUCUUACGUCACCACUCAUUCCACUUCAAUUCCACCCUCAUUUGCCGAGGGGCGUAUCUAAAGGUGACUUGCAACCAUUGACAUUUUCUCCCAUUUACACUAAAAGGUUAUCGGAAAAAAUCUGCCAACAGUUCUUGGUAAUCCAAACACAGAUAUUGUGGUGUAAAAACGACCUUGGCUGUAUUGGCUACAUACCACAAUCCCCUCAAGAAUCCUUAUUGCUUUUAUAAACCGGUUACAAAGCACAUAGAGCAUAAAAAGUUAUUUGCUGUUAAAUCUGUUUUAUACAAUCUUAUAGACCGGAUGGUUUGAAUUCUGAUUGGCUGGCAGUCAUGGCAUAUGAGCCCAUAAACCAUUGGUAUGGCAUGACAUUGCAUGUCUAAUUGCCUUGGUAACCGGUUAAUAAGAGCAAUAAGGCAUCUCAGGGGUUUGUGAUAAAAUGCCAGUAUACCACAGGUAAGCGGUGUGUCAAGGCGCUCUGCGAUGAGUCAUACCUAAGAACAGCUCUGUGUUGUGGUGUAUGGGCCAUAUACUGCCCCCUCUCAUGCCUUAUUGCUUACAUAUACCAUGGUUUUCCACCAAUCAGCAUUUAGUACAAAAAUACAUAGCAAAGUUUUUAUGAGCCUCAUACAGCCCUAUUUAGUUAUUAAGCAAUGGUUAUCUUAAUAAAUCUAACUGCAAAACAGCUGAGUACAAUUAAAACAACCAAUAUCAGGUUACAGGGACUGUGAAAUGCAGGAAUUAUGACAAUGUUUUUUAUUUUUUAUUUGUUAUGCUCUUUACCCCUGCACACUCAUUCCAGAUUAAACAAAAAGCAGACUAAUCGAGCAGGAGUGGUAGAUUGGUGUUGAUAUCAAAGCUUGUGUAAUAUGCAAAAAGAUCAGCCGUAUUGUAUGGAUCAGUAUGAGAUUGGAAGCAAAAAAACAGCCAAUUAUUUAUCUUUGGCCCAUGUCAAAGAGUGUAGGAAUAGCGUUUAAAAAAAUCAAUGUUUUCUCUUAGCCUUAUGCAAAAAAUAAAUCUUUAUGAAAAUGUGGUAAUGGCAGAAAUUAACUGGCUGUUUUGCUAAUUGUAUUUGUUGAAGAUGUAGACUGGGAUUUUAAUGGUUUAGCCUCAAUUUGGGCUGGAUAUGUAAUUGUUUAUGUUCAUAGUCUAUAAGUAAUAUCUGCUAUACCUCAGCUAUUAAAUUCCAAGUUGGAAAGUGAGUGGUUUUGAAGACAUGGGGAACAUAUCCCAACAUGCAUGACAGUGCACAAAUGUUGGGGACCCUUUUUGGCUUGACCAAAACACUUUCACAACCCGUAGCCAAAAAUCAUAAACUGCAUCUUUAAGGCUUUUUAUUGCACUGCUCACUAAACAAGUCAGACAGAAGUAAAAAGCAGCUAAUGGCUGCAUUUAGCCUGCAGGUAUCCAACAGGCCACAAGGAGUCCCUGCAGCACAACGUGGCAAGGAACUGGAUGACCAUCCUUCCUACCAAACCGGACUGAGCGGGGCCAAUUUACACUGCCCUAACCUGGACUCCCAGGCAAGCGCUGUCUGCCAGUACCAAGGAAUGAAACGUUGGCUCUGUUGCACUGAAACGCAGUAGAUAACAUGCCCUGAGGCAGCCAAAUAACCUAAAAACUUUAACCCUAAUAUUUUUGCUGUUGGAAUACUUACCUGGCAUAAUAACAGUAAAAAGCUGGGUAGAUAAUGGAAUGCACCAGUGAAGCAUUGUGAUUUGCUGUAGGGAACAAGAUGAUUAAGACCCUAAAAUAUUGCUGACCAACUGUUUCCCUUUUGGAAAAGAUUUUGAACCACUCACAGUCUGCUGCACAUUGGCCAUCUGUCUUUGUGGCAGUUAUUUACUCUUAUUUACUGUCUACACAAAAAAAAAGAUGAAAUUGGCUAUAUACUAGAUGUACUCGAAAUAUAUUGUGCUCACGUCUAUGCUUUGUUGUUCAUUCACGAAUUAUGUAAUAGAGUAAUUGUAGUCGGCUUCUAGACGGAUUUCACCGAAAUUUGAAACGCUCAAGCCUACGGUAAAGGGGUGGUGCUUAUACACCCCCGCGUAGAACAUGUGCGUUCGAAGGGGCGUAGCCACGCCUCUGAAGCGCUCUCACAUGUCGCCGCACACAUUCACGCUGUUCGCCUCCGCAUCCGAAGCAGAAUAAAGCUGACGUCGUGAGUCUCAUCCACGUGGGUCUCGCUGUAGCCGCGUCACAGCACACCUGAGAAAAUAUCUGCAUACUAGCAAGAUUAAUAAACGACUAGUUCAUUAUAUUGUGCCAUUUCUAAAUUAAAUGUUUUUAUAUAAUUGUGGGCUAUAAGGAAUAUUUUAAUAUAAUAUAAUUUGGUUUGUAUCUAUGAAUAACGUGUGACUUUGUUUUAUAGGCUAUGUAGAUCUACCUUAUUAUAGCAUGUUAGACACUUGCUCUCCUCUAACCUACCCUAGGGGUAUGUCGCCAUGAUUUUACUAUACGUCCCGCCUCCAAACAUUAUACUCCCUCACGUGGAUUCAACGAUGUUUCCGCCCCCACACGUGUUUACGCACGGAGUUGGACACAACGCUGCCUUCUGCUUGUCUGUAAUAGCUACGUCACAACUGACCCGACCAUCACCACUUACCUAUUAAUAUUCAGAUUAGGGGGCGGGUCUAUGCCUAACGCACAUCAAUGAUGUUUUUUUGUACAUCUCAAGCGGAAUGUCUACUGUACUAGAAAAGGGCAUACAGGUGCGCUUCUGGUUACUAUGUGUCGACCCGUGAACUAACCGGCAACAUUAACGGCGGUUUGAAAGACUUUUAUGGUAAUACUGGAUGAGGGUUCAUUACCGAGCAGGAGGUCAAAUAUUUUUCUACAGGAUGGUACCCUAGGUAGAACUUUAAACUAAAAUAGUUAAUUCAAAGGUGCUUUGGUUGGUAUCUGCUUAGACUGAACGUUUGUCUGGUCCUGGGGCAGAGAUUAACAAGGCAGAAGGCUUGAGGACAAGGACAGACUAGCCGGUCUUUGAUGCAGAAGGAGCAGGUGCAUUUCGGGGGGGAUGUCCCCCGAGGCACCUCAAAGAAUGCCAAGGAUAAGAGUAACAGUGCCACCCUGCGGGCGUCCCUGGGGGGCACUCUGGAAGGCAUGAACAGGAGGGUGUCACAAUGUGACUUGGAGAAAGACUCGGGAUACUCAGAGUCUGGUUCAGACUUGGUGCAGAAUGAUCUGGAUGACAAGCGCAGCAGUGUGAGCGAGCCACACCACACCCGAAACAGCAGCAGGUCCCUGGGCAAAAUGUCUCCAUUUAAAGAGCUCAGUCCCAUCUGCGUCAUCAACAACCUGGUGGUUAAACAGUCUGGACCGGAGCAACUACUUCACACCCCCCUGGUGUGGGGGGAAACAUGGCACAGUCUGUCUGGUUCCAAGGCUCCCACCCAGCUCCUCUUCAUACAACAACCACAAGUAGCCUCCCCCAGCCCCUCCAAUCUCCUUGAUCCCCUGGACCAGCCACAGAAAGGGGGCAGCAGAAGUAUUAAGAACCAUACCGGCAAGAACUCCUACCUCCCCAUCCUCAACUCUUACCCCCGCAUCGCCCCCCACCCCAGGAAGGAAGGCCAGGGCCAGGGGGGGACCAGUGGCGUAGGUGUCAACGAGAGCGGAAGAGAGGGCCAGACCCUGAGCAAGAGGGUGUGUACGGAGGACCAGAGGGAAGUGUCCACCACUGCUCACCUUAGACCUCGGCACCACCACCAGCGAGAGGGCAGAACCCAUUCCCAUUCCAUUUAUAAAGCCAGUAGCAGCCAAAGCUCCUCACCCUGCCUCCCUCACCAUUCCAUGGGCGGCCCCGCCUCCUCUGCACAACGGGAAUCUCAUCACUGCCGGCAGCACGCUAAACCAAGACCCUCUCGCUCGGACACCUCUCGCUCGGACUCCCUGUCAGUCACCAGCUCCUCCUUCUCGUCUUCGUCGUCCUGCGCCGGGAGCUGGGCCCCGGAGGCCUCGGCGGACCUGUCUGACUGCCUGUCCGACUGUCUGUCCAACUGCUCGUCGGUGCGUCAGCGGCGCUUCCUCAACACGGCGGAGAUCCUGAGCCAGUCGGGCCUGCUGGCCAUCGCACUGCGCACCAAGGAGUUGCUGCGCCAGAAUGCCGCCAGCGAGAAAGAGCUGUCCCAGCUCCGCCAGCACGCCCAGCUCCUCUGCCUGGCUGCCCAGGCCACCCACUCCAGCCAAGACGCCCACUGCCCAGGACCAGACAGGAAUCCCAGCCCCUUGGACAAACUCCUCCAAGCCAUGUCACAGUCGGGAUGCUACCCGAGCCUGGACUGGACCCACUUCAAGGCUGAUGGCCUUGACCGCCCCGAGAAGGGAGACUGGGCUGACAGAGAGAAAGACAAAAACAACAUAACCAAUGAGGAUGAUAGGCCAUCACUAAGCACCUUGGCGGGUCCUCUGGCUUAUUGUGACAACCGAGCAUCACCUCCAUCACCACUUUUCGCCCUGUCUCCUGACCCCGAAGAACGUCCCGAUAUCCUCGCCAGCCUCCUCUCCCCCUCUCCCUCCCCUCAUCUGGAUUUCCGAGAACAAGGCCGGAGACAGGGAGGCAUCCUGUGCGACCUCAACAUAACCCCGGAUAGCUCCACCACACCAGGUCUAUAUACGGACAUUUUCUGAACCCUCCUAUGUUUAUUAAACCGCCCAGUUUGAUGCAGGUGUUUGUGCUACUCUUGGAAGAAGCGUAUGAUUGAGGUGAAUUAACUGAACUGUGCAGUGCUGCUGUAUAGUUUAUACCUGCCUCUAAAAUGCAUUCUACAUCUUAUUCUGGACCUUGUUUUUGACCAUUUAUAUUUACUGAAUAUCUGAGCACAAACAUUUCACAAUUAUGCAUAAUUUAAAGUACUACACCUGUCUAAAAAUUUGGACUUAGUCAGAAUCUGGACAAGAUCAGGACUAAGGAAAGAUGAGAGAAACUGGUUUGAACAGGGCUUCAGAAUACUUUAUCUUAGCUGUAAUAAAUAUGAUACUUAUUACUCCUUUCUUUUACUGUUGUCCACACAUUUACUCUAAUGGAUAUUUCAUCUAAUUAGGCAGGGCAUUUCAAUACUCAAUAAAUACAAAUAUGCUUCUGA